UGAGUAUCGGAAGUAGUAGCCUCACGCACGUGCGUUCGCGCGUGUGUGUAUGUGUCUGUGGGAAAAUGGCGGUUCAUCGCUCCGGCCCGCUCAAGCAGCAGAAUAAGGCUCACAAGAGCGGGCGGCACCGGGGUCGAGGCUCCGCGCAGCGGGAUAGCAAAGGUCGCGUAGCCGUGAAAGUCCUGAGCAAGAAGGCGAGGAAGGAGCUGAGCCGAGUGGAUCAGAGGCACCGGGCCAGCCAGCUCCGGAAGCAGAAGAAGGAGGCGGUUUUGGCAGAAAAGCGGCAACUGGGCAGCAAGGAUGGACCACCUCAUCAGGUGCUGCUGGUGCCCCUGCAUGAGAGGGUUUCCCUGGAUGAGGCUUUGUGGCUGCUUCAGAAUACAGACAAGAAGGUUGUGCCUGUGGGGGAGCAGGCUGGGAUGCCAAGCUUCAUGCUGCUCUGUCCUCAGCUGAAGCAUCGGUGGUUCUUUACAUCUGCAAAACCAGGGGAUCUGCACACUGUGUUGGACUUGGCCAAAGUGGCUGAUACCAUCCUGUUUAUCCUGGAUCCGGUGGAGGGCUGGGACAGCACUGGCGAUUACUGCCUCUCUUGCCUUUUUGCCCAAGGGCUUCCUACCUAUUCUCUAGCCAUCCAGGGAGCUGGGUGCCUUCUCCCAAAGAAACAAGCAGAUGCCAGGAAGAAGCUGAGCAAGGCCUUGGAGAAGCGAUUUCCUGGAGACAAACUGCUCCAUUUGGAUUCCCCCCAGGAUGCCCUGCUGCUCCUUCGGCAGCUGGCUCACCAGAAGCAGCGGCAUCUGGCCUUCCGAGACCGGCGUGCCUACCUGUUUGCCCACACCGCUGACUUUGUGCCCAGCCAAGAGAGCAGCUUGGUGGGCACUUUGAAAGUGUCCGGCUAUGUUCGUGGGCAGACUCUCAAUGUAAACCGCCUCCUGCACAUCGUUGGGCAUGGCGAUUUCCAAAUCAAGCAGAUCGAUGCACCUGCAGACCCUUUCCCCCUAAACCCCAGAGUGAUUAAGGGCAACAGAUUCCUGGACAUGGCAAUGCAGACUGAUGCUGUGGAUGCUGAUGGCAUAGCUGAGAUGGAGGAAGAUCUCAAGGUCCUAGUGAAAGCAGACCCUGCUCGACAGGAAUCUCUCCAGUCAGAGGUAGUUCCAGACCCCAUGGAGGGGGAACAGACCUGGCCCACUGAGGAGGAGCUAAAUGAAGCAAAGGACUUCCUAAAGGAGAGAACCAGAGUGGUGAAGAAAGUCCCCAAAGGCACAUCUAGUUACCAGGCUGAAUGGAUCGUGGAUGAGGAGCACGGCAGCAGUGACGAGGAGGAGGGUGACGAGGAAGAGGGUGACGAGGAGGAGGGCUUUGUGGAGGAGGAGGAGGAGUCUGAGGCUGAGGGAAGUGAAGAGGAAUGCGAGACCAUGACCAUAGGGGAAUCUGUUCGGGAUGAUCAGUAUGAUGAGAAGAUUGAUGAAGAGGCCGAGGAACAAAUGCUGCAAAAAUAUAAGCAGGAAAGGCUGGAUGAGAUGUUUCCGGACGAAGUCGACACCCCCAGGGACAUAGCAGCAAGAAUCCGGUUUCAGAAAUACAGAGGCCUCAAGAGCUUCCGCACAUCCCCGUGGGAUCCCAAGGAAAAUCUACCCCAUGAUUAUGCUCGAAUCUUUCAGUUUCAGGACUUUUCCAGAACUAGGAAACGGAUCUUUAAGGAGAUUGAGGAAGGGGAAUUUGAAGGGGCUGAGGUGGGCUGGUAUGUGACCCUGCAUGUCUGUGGAGUUCCUGCCUCUGUGGGUGAGAGCUUCAGGCAGGGGGUGCCUGUGGUCAUGUUUUCCCUCCUCCCACAUGAACAGAAGAUGUCGGUGCUGAACAUGGUGGUGAGGAGACACCCUGGUAACAUGGAGCCCGUGAAAUCCAAAGAGCAGCUGAUCUUCCAUUGUGGCUUCCGGCGCUUCCGGGCCUCGCCUCUGUACUCUCAGCACACUGCAGCGGAUAAGCACAAGGCUGAGCGAUUCCUUCGUCCUGAUGUGGCCACGGUGGUGACUAUUUAUGCCCCAAUCACCUUCCCUCCAGCCUCAGUGCUGCUCUUCAAACAGAAGCCUGAUGGCAAGCACAGUCUCAUUGCCACGGGGUCCCUCCUGUCAGUGGAUCCAGACAGGAUGGUCAUCAAGAGACUUGUGCUGAGUGGACAUCCUUUCAAGAUCUUAACCAAGAUGGCGGUAGUUCGUUACAUGUUCUUUAACAGAGAGGAUGUGCUGUGGUUUAAACCAGUGGAAUUGAGAACCAAGUGGGGUCGCAGAGGACACAUCAAAGAGCCACUUGGAACUCAUGGCCAUAUGAAGUGCACAUUUGAUGGACAGCUGAAAUCUCAGGACACUGUGUUGAUGAAUCUGUAUAAACGCGUCUUUCCCAAGUGGACAUAUGAUCCCUAUGUGCCAGAGCCCAGGCCCUGGUCAAAAGAUGAAGUUGCCUCCCCAGGGCUAGAAGUGGACAUGGAGUAAGGGCUGAAGUUCUCUCCUCCCUUGGGGGUUCCUGAAGGAAAGGGACUGGGAGGGGGCUGGGCUGGGGUCUUAGUAAAGGCAUCUCUUACUAGUUCAGAGGCAGCUGAGCCUCCUCAUGCUUCGGUUGCUCCAGCCAUCUCAGGGAGGUCAAAUCAACGUUCCCCCCACUGAGAACCACACAGACAUCUUGCACGUUGGGCCCCACCUUCUGGAAGUGCUUGCCCAGCACAGCGGCCACUCCCACUGCAGCUGUAGGCUCAAUGAGGAGCUUCAUCCUCUCCCACACCAGCUGGGUGGCAUUCUGCAGGCCCAGAAGAGAAAGCCUAUGUUGAUCAGGGCAUGAGCAAGAGGGUGCAGGCCCAGCCCUGGGACAUUUCCUGGCUACUACCCUGCAGCCUGAUGGUAGCAGCAUGUCCCCUGCUCUGUGGCAGGAUGAUCGCCCAUGGUCAUCUAGUUGUCCAAGCCUCUCAUUUUAGAGAGAGAUGACCCUCUCUCCCGCCCCCAAGUAAGUUUCUUAGUUUUCUCACCUUAAUUUCAUCCUCUGUCACCGUGAAGACUUCAUCCACCAGGUCCCUUAUAAUAGGCCAAGUAGAGGGCCCAAUGCUUGAUUUAACCCCAUCUGCUAUGGUGUCUGGUGGAGAGGGGUUAGGGGUUAGUUUCCCUUUAAGCUUCGACUGGAAGCAGUCGUCUGCAUUAAGAGGCUCAGCCGCAUACACUUUCACCUCUGGUCUCAGAGCCUGUCAGGAGAGCACUGGAUGUCUGACACUGAGCAUGGCUCCAGGACAAGCCCAGCCAUAGUCACUGUCCUGGGAGCCCCCAGGGCCCUCAGAAGGAUGGAUGUGACAAUAAAGCACACUGCAGCAUC